AUGUGUUGUAAGAAGCACAUAAUUGUUUUAGCUGGUAUCAAAUACGUCGAUGGAUACAUUUUUCCAUGCUUGAGAAAGACGUGUGCAUCUGCUGCUAAUCAGGUGCAAGAAACAAUUGAAAAAAUACGGGAGAAAAGAGCGCGAAUAGGCAUGCUCUGGCUCGAUGUGGAGCGAUUCAACUGGCCAAAAGACAAGGAGUACAAUCAAAGAUUCAUUCGAAAUAUGACAAAAAAAGCAAAGUCUAUGGGCAUCAAAGUUGGCGUUUACACGAACUAUUACAACUGGCAAGAGAUUGUCGGCUUGAACUGGGAAAAAAUGAGGAAGUACCCACUGUGGUGGGCGUAUUACGAUGGAAGACAGGUACAUUGAUG